AUAUACUUUAGUCUGAGCUAGCGCUUAUUUAGGAGUACACGUAAUUUGGAAAUUUAGGUGGUUAACUAAAAGGAAGAAAUUCCUCAUUUUCGGAAAACUUUUUUAUCAAAUGAGAGGCAAACCAGUAAGGCUUCAGGAUGUGUUUUGUCGGGAUAAACAUCAUGUUGUUUUCGCUUUGCAUCGCAGGGUGCUGGUCGAUGUCGGUAAGAUGCGGUCAGGAGGCUGAGCUUGAUAUGGAUGGCCAGAACUCCACGGCGUGUACUGACCAAUCGAUGCCACCUGGUGGCAACAGUGACAUUGGCGAAGACACGGAAGCCGACGACAUUAUGCACGGAACAAGGUCCAUUUACUUGUUGAUCGUGGUUGGCGGUGUAAUUGCGCUUCCGGCGGUUACCGUUGUUCGCAUCUGUUGGGCACGGAAGUUACAGAAGGCGCGACGACGCAUAUACCGGGAGGUGGAGGACGGUGCUGAGACAGAUGGACGGGGAGUGGAUAUCUUCGCCAUCAGCCAUGGCGCCAUCGUACCGUGCACCUCCCCUCCGUCGUACGAGCAGUCGGUGGCGGACCCGGAUCUCGGCAAACCCCCAGCCUACGACGACCUACCACCCGUCUACGCCGAAAUAAGAAGAACCGGUAAACACACGACGUCAGGAAACCAUGGAAACACCCCGUGAGGCAAACCCGUCUAUUAUAUUGCAAACGUUCACUACUUUGUUGGCACACUGAACGGAAAACGGACAUGACCGUGUGUAUGGUUAUUAAGGGAACAGUCGAAGCCUUCUUUUAUCACGUUGCAGAAGAACAUUUCAAAGUCACCCUACAGUAUAGUGCUCAAAGAAAUAUGCUGGACAAUAUAAACAACGCCUUAGGUUGCCGUAAGAACAUCGCCGGAUCGAUGACGUCUAUCGAAUUGAAUUCGACUUUUCGGGUGUCCGUUAGUCACGACAUGGAGUCCUGAUUUAAUUGUUAUUGGCCUUUAACCAGCGUUCCAUUUUCUCCAAAACAUGCAUUUGCAGCAGUCACACGAUGGAAUGUUCGGGAGACACUAUCGUGCCUGAGGGGACUGGGUGCUACUACCAGAAUGCUUCACUAAGAAGUUUAAACGGGGAGAAGCCACGAUUGAGUCUUUAUAUUCAAUUUUAAAUAAAACGUAUUCCUGCUUGUCCAUCACUGUUGCUUCAAUAUGCUUCUAUCACAGCCAUUGAAAUUAUUCUUCAUAUUAUUUUUUUAUAAAGAUUUGCAUACUGAAAGCAUUGAUGAAAACUGGGACUAAAAUAUGGAUGUAAUUUCUCAGUGAUUUUUAUUUUUCAAUUAUCUAUUUUUUCUAUUCUUUCGUUACACUUCGGUGUUCUAUUUUGUACAUUUUAUAAGAUAGGUUGUAUAAUUUUAGCUGGCCUAUUUUUUAGAUACAUAUACAUCUCAAUCUAUGAUGACAAAGCAUAUUUGUAGCAUCAUUAUUUUGAAUUACAUUUUUGAGUAAUAGUAUACCCGAAUAUGUGAACGGUUGACAGAACAGUAUUCACUAUAUAUGUUUGAUGUAAGGACUUGUUAAGGUGUGGUACAAUAACUUGUUUCUAUAAUUGAUAAUCUUUGUACCGUUACCACGGUUUGACCGAUAUGUUCAUGACCUAUUAAAUUUUGCGAUGACAUACUUAGGCUAACUUACAUAAAUAACGAAAAAAAACAGGCUCCCAACGGUUAUAUAAUGGUAAUUAAGAAAUAUGUCAGACUUAUUUCUAUGUAUUAUUGUUAUUAAUAAAUUGUUACUUUU